AUAGAAAAUAUAGCAAAACUCAUAGGAUAAAAACAGUAAAAAACUAAGUUUGCUAUAGUCAGCAACACGGACCAGCCUCCCCUCGCUCGAAGUAGUCCAACCCAGCCGCAGUGUCAACCCAUUGUUGCACCCUGACCAGCUGUCCUUGUACUCCGUUUCAAGUUCCAAGAUGUAUAAAUCAAGACCUUAAACAAGUAAACAACACAUAAAUUUUCCCAUUUCUUAUUUGUCGCCACCAAUUUCAUUUUAUCGCCACCCCCCCCCCCCUUGAAUGAAAUUACGACUUUACCCCUGAAAUUUAAAAAAUUACGAAAAUGCCACUAAGCUUAUAACUUAUAUAAAAACACUUCAAAUCCACUCAAUAACACUUUCAUCACUUCCAUAAAAUCAAAUUCUUCACAUAAAAUUAAGCGGAGCUAAAACUUUGGAAUCGAAAUCGUCAACAAAAAUUCGAGUAAAUGGCUGGAAAUCAAGGUAAAGGAAAAGGGUUUUUUAGAGGUUUAUUAAGCGGCAAUAGAUCUAGGCCUACUUUACUGAGAGGUGAUCCCCAUGAGAGGGGGGUUACGGGAUCUGCAAGGCGAGCAAGACAAGAACAAGCGGCCAUACAUAGUCAGGCCCAACGUUCAAGUACCCUAGAGCAAGUGCGUAGUCGCUUUGAGCGCCAAAGUAGCCUACAUAGUCAUACGGUCGGCUCAGGUGACGAUGAUACUGAUUACGACGAGUCUCUUAGUCGGGAAGAGUCUCUUGGUCAGGAUGAGUCUGCAUGUCAUCCUGUUGAUUGGACGAUCGUAAGAGGCCAUGCUGUUAAGUUUAAGAGUAGAGGGCAGGGCUCGAGUGGCACUUCUGAUCAGGCAGGAGUAAGCCAGGCUGAGGAUGCGGCUCCACGGGGGAGGAGGCGAUCGCAGUCCGCGGACACGGACUGGUUAAUCACAUCAGCCCAGCCCGGGGGCCCUGUUGAUACUACUUUAAUACCCAGCUACGGUGGGCACGUAGCAAAGGCUAUAUUUGAGGGAUCGGAGCGCACCCCUCCGAUUUUGGAAUGUCGUGCUCGGAAGAAAACGUUGGAUUCAAUCAUUAGACUUCAGGACAUGUCUGAUGAAUUGUACAGAGUGUUACCUGGUACUCCCCUUGGUCGGCUGCCGUAUAUAAUGCACCAGCACAUCGACAGUGCUCUCAUUACGGCAUUUGUGGAAAGGUGGCAGCCUGACACCAACACCUUCCACAUGCCGUGGGGGGAGAUGACCAUAAUGUUGCACGACGUGCAACGCAUCUUGGGAAUUGGCAUUGACGGUUCACUUCCCGUGCAACCGUCUGAUAAUGAAUGGCAGCUUGGCCUGGCCGGCCUUUUUGGUAUGCCAUUGUCGGAGCUGCGUGCGAAGGGGCACUUCACAAGCGGCAGCAUUAAUGUUGGUGCACUGUUGCAGCUAUGCCACCGUUCUCAGUCUAUGGAUACUCAACGUACCGCCUACUACAUGGCUAUAGUAGGUUCCAUGUUGCUCGUGGAUAAGACUAGAGUCGGGAUGCGUCCUCACCCUGUUGUUACUGUUACCGCUGAUGAGGCUGAUAUUGCUUGGGGUGCAGUGACGCUUGCUCACAUGUAUCGCCAACUGGGUAUGGCGACAAGGACUGGGUGCAAGACUAUUGCUGGUUGCCUGACACUGUUGCAGACAUGGAUUUACGAGUACUUCCCAGCCUUCCGCCCCCAUCCGCGUCAAGCUGACAUGCCGAACAAGACAAGGGCAGAGAUGUGGUCCCCGCCGAAGCCAAUCCGCGAGCUGAGCAGACUGAUAGACUGUAGGAGCAUACUGGAUGCCAUGACAGAGGCACAGGUGGAGUGGACUCCGUACUUGACUUAUGAUAGGUCUUUAUUGAACGAGCACCCACGUACCUCGUAUAUCGGUGGUAUCACCUGUUUCGAUAUCGUGGAGGUUUAUUUGCCUGAGAGGACAGUGAGGCAGCUCGGUUUUGCACAGGAGAUUCCCUCGGCUCCGCUGAGACCUACCUAAGCUCUGCGACCAGCACAGGGCUCCUACUCAGUUACAUUCGCUUCUUCCUGUAUGUUUACGGAGAUGUGGAGUAGGUUCCCUUACUGUGCCCGCGUAGUGGAGCAGGCACAGCGUCGCGCAUCGGUUCCAUCAGAGGCUGCCCCGGAUUACGUGGACUGGUUUAGAGUGUCUUCCCACUGUUUUCUCAUCCCAGGUGAAGGACCUGCUGCUGCGUUUGGUGCUGCUGAUAACAGAGUCGAAUAUUUUGCUGCUGAAUUUCCAACUCAACUUGCACCAUUGCUCAGGAUGCCAGCUAUUGCUCAAAUGACGCCUCGGGAAAGAGAUGCUGCUGAUAUGUAUUUAGAGGAUCUUAGAGAGUUGUUUUCCGAAUGGCAAGAGUGUAGAGGGCGCAGCCCCUAAUAGACAUUUACCUGUUUUGUAAUGCAUGAACAAUUGUUGUAUUUAAUCUUUAUGUAUGAACAACUUUUUAAUCGUUUGAACAAUUGAAUUAUAUAUAAACACUAUGGAGAAUCUAAAUUCACCGCGUCUCCGGCGGUGUUAUUAUGCUGUUGUCGUUGUAUGUUGCACAUUCUACUCCAAAGUGAUAUCCUAUUACGAUAUUGUCUUUCUAAAUCUGCACAUGAAUUGUUAGCUGCUCUCCAAUUUUGUUGGACUGGCGGCAGUGGAGAUGAAUCAUCGUUCAUUAAAAGCUGAACAUAAUGAUUCCCGUUUA